GGGAGGGCGCAGGGCACUCCUCUCCAAACGCUCCUCAGCAACAACAACGCCCGUACAAAGAAGAGGAGAACAGGGGGAUACGCAAAUCCUUGUCUAAUUGUGUGACAAGACAGGGCAGACAUGGCGUUGAGGGCACCCUAAAACGAUCGAGAGCGCAACAAUGGGGAGAAGAGAAGAGACGGAACACACCCCGCGUAAUAAGAAUAUCCCAUCCAUCCAUUCCCGGCUCUCUGGCCUUACUUCAUUCGGCAUCGCAAGUUCAUGACGUAGGGCGUUCAUUCGGUGUCACUUGCGCUCUUUACUUUUCUGCAAAUUGUCCACAAGGACAACUGACCACUUUAUGGAGGUUGGCUAGACUGCGGCCACUCAGGCUGAAGGAGAUG